GCUCGCCUGAAGGUUGCAGCGACAUUUUUGUGCUAGAGAGGCUCGGCAGGCACGCGCCACGUCUGCAAUGACUGUGUUCUCCGGUAGGCAGGUGGUCCCUGUCGUAUAUGAGGCGGAGGUCUCUCAGCGCCUUCUGGAAGCCGCCCUCUCCGGCGAUCUUAGCUCCGCGUUGGAAUGCAUCGCCGAUCCGUUUGUGGACGUGAACUUCGUUGGUGCCGUUUCGUUGAAAACGAGAAAGACGGAGGUCGUUUUGCGGGAGGAAUCUGCCAGCGAGGUCCGCGUCGAGUAUGAGGAAUUCAAAACUGACGUCAAUGCGCUGUUCCUCGCUGCACACGUUGGAAAUGUCUCUCUCUUGAAGGAACUUCUGAGUGUGGGAGCUGACUUGAAUAGGAUACUCUUCAAGGGCUUUGCAACAACAGUAGCUGUGAGGGAGGGCCACCUAGAUAUUCUGGAAAUCUUGCUUAAGGCUGGGGCUUCUCAGCCUGCUUGUGAGGAAGCUCUGCUGGAGGCAAGCUGUCAUGGGCGAGCAAGGCAUGCAGAACUUCUCAUGGGAUCUGAUUUAAUCCGGCCCCAUGUUGCUGUUCAUGCUCUUGUCACGGCGUGUUGCAGAGGGUUUGUGGAUGUCGUGGACACUCUAAUGAAGAAUGGUGCGCCCACUGACAUUACAGUAGGACUUGGAGCAUGGUCAUGGGAUGUGACAACCGGUGAAGAGUUUCGAGUGGGUGCUGGACUGGCUGAGCCCUACGCCAUCACAUGGUGUGCUGUGGAAUACUUUGAAGACAGUGGAGUCAUCUUACGCAUGCUACUCCGGCACAUCUCCCCUGACAUUCCUCAUUGUGGAAGAACCCUCCUGCACCAUGCAAUCCUCUGUGGCAAUGCAGGCGCAGUCAACGUUCUUCUGAAUUGUGGUGCCAAUGUAGAAUGCCCUGUUAAAACAACCAGCAAAACAGAGUUCCGUCCAAUACACAUUGCUGCCCGUCUUGGUUUAGCAACAGUUCUUCAAUCCCUAAUUAAUUCUGGUUGUGAUCUAAACUCCAGAACUGAUUCUGGCGACACAGCUUUGAUGAUCUGUGCAAAAUAUAAGCAUGAAGAAUGUUUGGGAGUCUUGGCCAAGUCUGGUGCUGACUUUGGCCUAGUUAAUGUUGAUGGUCAGUCUGUGAGUUCAAUUGUUGGAUCAAAUCGGUGGUCUCUUGGAUUUCAGCAAGCAGUGCUGAAUGCAAUAAGGGCUCGAAAGAUUCCUCAAUCUAGCAACACAUCAGUUUUCAGUCCUCUAAUGUUCGUAGCUCAAGCUGGUGAUAUUGAGGCUUUGAGAGUGCUCAUUGGCUUGGGAGGAAUAAACCUUGAUUAUCAGGAUGAAAAUGGUUUUUCGGCUCUUAUGGUUGCUGCCUUAAAGGGCCAUGUUGAAGCAUUCCGCAUGCUGGUUUAUGCAGGGGCCGAUUUUAAGCUAUCUAAUAAAUUGGGUAAGAAUGCUCUCACACUGUCUGAGCUGAACCAAAACCGUGAUCUGUUUGAGAAGGUGUUGCUUGAAUUUGCACUUGAGAAGGGCAAUCGUAAUGCUGAAGGAUUUUAUGCAUUACAUUGUGCUGCUCGACAAGGAGACUUGGAUGCAGUAAAAUUGUUGAUGAGGAAAGGCUAUGAUGUAAAUGUCCCCGAUGGUGAUGGUUGCACUCCACUUAUGUUUGCAGCAAGGGAAGGCCAUGCUUCCAUGUGUGAGCUUUUGAUAUCGCAUGGGGCCAAUUGCAACUUAAAGAAUGUCAGAGGCGAAACUGCCCUCUCUCUUGCAAGGAGUAGGAAGAGUGUUGGCAUGAAAAAUGAUGCAGAAUGUGUUAUUUUGGAUGCGCUUGCUCGGAAGCUGGUUAUAGAAGGUGGCCGUGUGAUGAAGCACACAAAGGGAGGAAAAGGACGUUCACAUCGUAAAAUCUUGAGAAUGGUUGAGUCUACAGGGGUGCUGCGGUGGGGGAAGUCGAGCCAGCGAAACGUGAUAUGCCGAGAGGCAAGUGUGGGGCCAAGCCCAAUGUUUGCGAGGAACAGGCAGUGCAAGAGUGAUGUUAACGAACCCGGAGUAUUCCGGGUUGUUACCACCUUUAACAGGGAGGUACACUUCGUGUGUGAAGGGGGGCUAGAAACAGCCAAGCUAUGGGUGAGAGGCAUUAAGCUUAUAACCAGAGAGGCUGUAUUUGGUAGCCAGAGAUAAAAGGUGAGACCCUGAGCUUGAGGUUCCUUUUAGGACGAGAAUGUAUAGGAUGUCUGGCAUACUUCGUCUUGAAGUAGCUUGAACCAAUGGUUCCCUUUGUAAAUAUUUUGAUCUCCAGUAGAUGUAGAUGCUAUCCUGUCUAAAGAAAAUCUAGCAGUGUAUAUUUCCGUAAAGAAAUGAAGUGUUGAAUGUUUA